AUGGCUAGGCGUUUCUCAGCUGAAGAAAAGGGUAAAUCUAUUGCGGGGAACCCUACAGGCCCUCCUAGAAUUAGGAUCCGUGCUCCUGACUUUGACCCUUCGGAGCUCAUUAAGGAAAAUUGCUUCACAUUGGUGGGGCGGCCUACUAAUGCUAGAGAACAGAGGAUGAGCUCUGAGGAAGAGAUCCAGGAAGUGCUCCGCAACAGGCCUUAUCAGUUUGGUCGUUGGAUGAUCAUAGUUCAGAGAUGGGAACCACUUAUCUCCCCGAGCUUCCCAUCACAUAUACCCUUCUGGAUCACUAUCAGGGGCUUACCACUUCACUAUUGGCAUGAGAAGGUGGUACGCAACAUUGGGCUUGAGCUAGGUGAGCUUGAGACGUAUGUGGUUACUCGUUCCUCAGCUCGCAUCCGACUCAUUGUGGAUGGAUUAAUACCACUUCCUAUGGAACCCACUCUGGAUUUUGAUUCGGGUGAAGAAAGGACGAUCACUCUUGAGUACGAGAGAUUGGGAAAUCAUUGCUCAUACUGCUUCAGAUUGUCACAUCUACAAUCCCAGUGCCCCGAAAAACCUCGUGACGAGGCAAAGUCUCAAGACAGUUUCCUGUUCGGGUCUACUAAACGAACGGAAGCGGUAGUUGACUCUCGAGCCAAUCCACGGGAUACUGAAAGGAUCUCUAAACCUCAAGAGCGAUCUUUCCACCAAAGAGUCGACCGACAUGGUAGACCUUUUGGAAAUAGAGUUUCUACUGCUGGCUUGCGCCCCACGGGACCAAAAAAUAAGAUAGCUCCUGCAGUACAUCACUCCCAACAAACAACAGAGCGGGGACUACCGCAGCGACAGUCAGUCCAGGGAGAACAGACCUACCACUCGCCACCAUACUCCAGACGUCGACCCAACAAUCACAGAGAGAACAGAGACACAAACCAUCGAUCGCCGACACUACAAUGGAGAGCUAAAUCUCCUUUCUCAAAUCAGGAAGUCAUUCAUCAGCAAAGACAAUCGUGCUCCCCUCGACCAUCUCUGGGGCGAAACAUAAACAUCACGGACUUCCAGACCCUUAUUGCCACUCAUGCUGAGGAAAAUCUCAACAAUGUGACGACGCGCCGAUCUCCGAGACCUCAGGGUCGAGCAAGGCCUACCAUCCCAGACCAGGAAGCUACAUCUCAACAGCGACUGAACCAUUCUCCUCGAGCGGGAGAAGAAGCCAACUUGGGAAUGGAUGUUCUUCCACAACCUCCUGGCCUACCAACCUUGGAAUCGGUGAUGGAGGAACUCAACGAAUCGACCCUGCUAUACAUGAAUGUAGACGACCCAGUGGAAAGAGCAGCACGUCAAAAACGAGUACUGCAAACUGAGAUUGAUGGUACAGUGGAGGAAACAUCAGCAAGGAUACUGAGAAACUCCACUGCUAAUGUCUUACCUGCUGCUGACCUAUCUCCCCCUCACACGACAGACUCAACACCCCAGGCAUCACCGCUGGACACUGGAACGGCUAAAACGGCCCGUAGACGAGGCAGACCUGCGAGGACUAACAUUUCACGCACUACGAUCAGACUCAGUCCCAAGACUUAUUCUGGAGUGGGAUCCCGAAAGAGGAAAUUGGCGCAGGUCCAAGCUUCCCCAGGGACCUCUAACCAGCCCACUUCAAGACGAUGGAGGAACUCAAGGCAAGUCCCUUCCGCAGCAGUACCCCCGAUCACACUCAUCCCGCCAACCACAAAGCAGUCGAUGGAUUUUCGGCUGUCAAAAACCGAUCUUCCUUAG